AUGGAUAUUAAGAAAAAAAGAACAUUUAAAAUCUCACUGGUGUCUUUUACUCCUCUUCUCCUUGCCUUACCUAUUUUUUCGGUUGCAGUAAGUAAUACUAUCACCAGCAGCUCUUACUCUCCUCCAACUUAUAAUCAAAUGAUGCAUGCCUUAGAAAAUUUACUUCAAUACUAUGAAAGGAAUGCUGAACAUAUUAUCGUAGAUGCCUACUAUGGAUUAAAAGUUACAACCGCUAAUGAUACUUUUAUUGUCUAUUCAUCAAUCCGACAUGUAGCAUUAAUCCAACAGACUAUUCACAGCUAUGAGAAUGGAAAAUCGAAACUGGAAGAGAAACAAAUUGAUCGUCUUAAACAAAUUUAUCAAGAUGCCCUCCGAAUUUCAAAGCGAAUCGAAGAAACAUCAGGGCGUAAUUCUUCAGCAUAUAUGAAGCAUAGUAAAAUGCUACAUACAUCUUUCCCAUUCCCUGAACGAUUAGCCAAGUUAGAGUUGGUCAAAGAUACUCCUAAUAAUAGUGGCAAUAGUUCCAUAGAUUUUAUUAAAAUAUCUGAUCAGUGCUUGUGGGAUAUGAUGGGUGGAGGACUACGUCAUCCACCAGUUUGUACAAUUAACGAUUCUUGCUGGCGUGGACUGACGGAUUUUAGUACAGAGGGCUACAUAAUAACUCAUCAAUUUUUAUUAAUAUUUGUUGGUGAGCAAUUUAACUGUACUGAGAAAAUGAAUCAACUCAGCCAAAAUUUAGGUGGAAUUGAAAAAGUAAAACAGGCUCUGUGUACUCGUAUUUACUAUCAAAUGACGAAAGCUUUAGAAAAAGGUUUAGUUACUGGAAAGAUGCAAGAUUUAUUCAUAGAGCAGAUCUAUAUCUGUGGAGGUACUGGUGGCUACCAGCAGUUCCUUCGUCCUGAAUUUUUAUCUAUGAUCCUAAAAUGGCGAACCAAAGAUGGAUGUUUCUCGCCCUACCAUGGACAAUAUAUUAGUUUACACCCCAAAUUGGCUAGGAAGUAG